UUAGGCCUGCUCAUGUCUGGGCGCUGGUGCCACUGAGGCAUGGGAAUCAUUGAAUGAUCUUUUAUUUUUCAAAGCAAUACAAAUUUGUUUUUUAUUGGAAAUGUGUCAGUUACAGUAGACGUGUUAGCAUUAUGGAGCACAAAAAUACAGAAAACUCGGUGUACUGUGUGGAGUAUGGAAAUGGAAAGAUGACAAGUCCUGUGUCACAAGUAAACUCUGAUAACCUCCUGAUGCCCACAUUCACAUACAAGGUGAUCUCACAGCGGAUGAUUGCAGUGAUUGUGAUCGUCAUCCUUCUGAUCCUGGCUGGAGGUUCAGCCUUGGCCUGGUACUUUCUAGAGUACAGAGUGUGGGUGUUAGAGGUAAGGGUGGAGCAGCAGUAUAUAGGCCAGAUCUCUAUCCAGAACAGGAACUUCUCCAGCGCUCUCUCUUCACAUACCAGUCGAUUGUUUCAGGAGGAGGCACGCACUGUAGAGGCUAUGCUAGAGAAGAUUGUGAAGUCCUCUGACAUGUACCGGUAUUUCAAAUCUGCCACCCUGUUUAGUUUUAGCGAGGGUAGUGCAUUGGCUCACUUCUGGCUCAUCCUGUCCCUCCCUGAGAGUCACGCAGUGAAGGGCACAGUGCAGAAGGUCAAUGAGAGCUUAGUGAGAACCCUCCAGAGCUUUAGGAAGACAACUAUCACAGAUACAAUUAGCUUGGAUGGCUACUUGCUUCUCCUGUCGUCAUUCUCCAUAACGGAAACCCAGCCCAAAGUUAUAGAUUUUUUGCAAGCCUCAUUUGAUUGUUACCGGUACCAGUCAGUGUCCUGUAGUGAUCCUGUUGUUCUAAAGGGGCCAAACACCCAGCGCACUUCAUGUCUAUGGCACCUAAAAGCCCCUGAGGGAUCUCAGUUGGAGCUGAGGGUUGAGUGGCUGCUACCCGAGUGCCGAGACAGGCUGGCCAUCUAUAACUCACUGGUCCCUGAUGACUCCAAACUCAUCACCUCUCUGUAUGGCUGCAGCAGGCUUGAGCAGGUGGUGCAGGUUUUAUCCUCUGCUGACUGGAUGACGGUGGUGUGGAAACAGGGGCAGUACAACUACAAAGACCCAUUCUCUCUCUCCGCUCAGGCCAGGCCCUACAAGAAUUGCUCCUACAACAUCGUCUUGGAAAGAAAGGAAGGUGUUCAGGGAAGUUUACGGACCCCGUUCUACCCCAGUUACUAUCCACCUAAUACCAACUGUACUUGGCAGUUCACUUUGCCUUCAUCCGAGUAUGGCCUCACCUUGGAGUUUGAAGGCUAUGAGCUGAGUCGAGCCAGUUAUAACCAAAACUGCACACAAGGCCAGUGGCUGAUUCAGAACCGCAGAAUGUGUGGUACGAGGGCUCUGCAACCAUAUUCUGAGCGACUCUACCUCCAUUACUCCACUACCACCGUUUCCAUGACGUCAGAGGUGUCACUCACAGGGCCCGGCCUCCAAGUCUACUACAGCAUCUUUAACCAAUCAGAUCCCUGUCCCGGUCAGUUCCUGUGCAGUGUCAAUGGCCUGUGUGUAUCAGCAUGUGACGGGAUCGCUGACUGUCCUAAUGGUCUGGAUGAGAGAAACUGCGUGUGUAUUGCUCAGUACCAGUGCCUUGGCGACAGUCAGUGUGUAGACUACUACAAGCUUUGUGACCAGCAUCAGGACUGUACUGAUGGAAGCGAUGAAACAAACUGCACAAUGGGCGUUCCUUGUACGGACAGGACCUACAUGUGCGCUGAUGGCACUUGUUUGAAGAAGCAGAACCCUGCUUGUGAUUCUAUCACAGACUGUCCUGAUGCUUCGGAUGAAAAGAAUUGUGACUGCGGUUUGCGGCAGUUCAGUACGCGAAUUGUGGGCGGAGUUGAUGCAAUGGAGGGGGAGUGGCCAUGGCAAGCAAGCUUGCAGAUCAGUGGACAGCAUAUCUGUGGUGGGGCGUUAAUCUCCGCCCAGUGGGUGGUGUCUGCAGCACAUUGCUUUAAUGAUGAUCGUCUCUACUUGCCUUCAAUAUGGACGGUGUAUCUGGGUAAGUUGCGUCUACGUACCUCUACACAAACUGAGGAAGCUCUACGUGUGACCCACAUCCACCUACACCAGUACUACGAUGACGAGAUCCACGACUAUGACCUGGCACUGCUCAAGCUCGAGAGACCCGUCUCAGCAGGAACGCUGGCACUGCCCGCCUGCUUACCCGAGCCCACACACCAGCUGGAGCCUGGUCUGCUUUGCUGGGUCACAGGCUGGGGGGCACUCAGAGAAGAAGGUGGCGUAAGCAACAUCCUGCAGAAGGUUGAUGUGCGGUUGGUCAGUGAGGAGGCUUGCGUCCGUUCCUAUGGAUACAUUAUAACUCCCAGAAUGCUGUGUGCUGGUUAUCGACGUGGAGGAAAAGACGCGUGUCAGGGGGACUCUGGGGGGCCACUGGUUUGUCAGGAGCGCUCUGGUCGCUGGUUUUUAGCUGGUGUAGUAAGUUGGGGCCGUGGCUGUGGCCGACCCGAUUAUUAUGGUGUUUACACACGCAUUACCAAACUCUUUCCCUGGAUCAAACAACUCAUCGCAUCCUGACAAGCAAAACAUACUGAUCCUACACUAUUGUCAGCCCGGAGCUGUUCUUAGCUAUUCCUUCUCUGCAUGUACCUGAGAGAUUUGUUGGUUUAUUCCAGAGUGAAUUAACUGAUCUCUAGCAGAGGUGAUGGACUGCUAUAAAUAAUGAAGACUAAUUUUAAUAUUAGGGUUCAUUAUUUUCUGAAAACCACUCUGCAAAGAGUGAAAAUAUCCAAUAUGUCUCUUAUUCCUAAUUUCCUAUUACAAGAUGAUACAAUACACUGACUAUUCAUGGAUCAGCCAUACCAUUAAACCCACUGACAGGUGAAGUGAAUAACACUGAUUAUUAUGGCACCUCUGGGAUAUAUUACGCAGCAAGUGAACAGUCAGUUGAUGUGUUGGAAGCAUGAAAAUUUAAUAGGAGUGAGGAUAUCUGAGUGACUUUGACUUUAAAAAGCCCUUAAUUGUGAUGUGUAGACGAGAGCAACAGGUCUUGUGUGUUGUCCCCAUUAUGGAGAGAUUUGUACCUACCAAAAGUAGUACAAGAAAAGAGAACUGGUGAACUGGCAACAAGGUCAUCAUCCUAAUCAUGCUCUCCUUUCUAUAAUUUAACUCACCUGGGGAAGAGAAGGCACACGAACGCAGUGUGAUGCUCCUUGUCUUCUGACAUUCAUGUGGAUGUUACUUUGACGUAUACCACCUACUUAACAUAGUUGCAGACCAAGUACACCAUUUCAUGGCAACAGUAUUUCCUAAUGGCAGUGGUCUCUUUCAGUAGGACAAUUCUCCCUGCAUGUCCACGCUGCAAAAAUUGUUCAAGAACAUGACAUACAUUUUAAAAAGUUGCCUCAGUCUGGUCAAGCAUCUAUACUACUAUAUGUGCUGGACAAAACAAGUCCGAUCUAGGCCGGUUCCACCCCGCAACUUACAAGAAUUGAAGGAUCUGCCUCUAUUGUUUUGGUGUGAGACAUGACAACAGACCUUCAGAGGUCUUGCAACGUCCAUGCUUCGAUGAAUCACAAAAAGGGAAGUACACAAUGUCAAAUGGGUGGUUUUAUUAUUAUGGCUGAUCAUAACAAUUUCAAAACAAUUCAAAAACAAAACAACCUCUUUUCCUCCUUCCUGGAAAUCAGAAUAAUCUAUUAAUGUUUAAAUGAUGACACACACACACACACACACACACACACACACACACACACACACACACACACACACACACACACACAUACACACGUACAUAUAAAAGCAAUGAAGCAGCCUUAUUAGAAAUAUUUAAUAUACAUUUUAUAUAUUAACAUAUAGUUCUUUAAACUACUUGUAUUAUUUUUGAGUAAUGAAAUUAAAUAUAAAAAGAUUCACAGCGGAGGUGAAUGGAACUAAAAGUGUUUUAGGGGAACAGCAAAAGCUAAUGUUUGUCAUAUGCCUGGUGGUUGCACUAAUAUUUAUUUGACAUAUGAAAUAAAAUGUAAAAAAAGAUUCAGAUCUCUCUGGCUUUUGUAUUUACAUUUAGAUUGUGUGCUUGAAAAAAAUGUCAGGGGUCUAAUUUUCGGUACCAUGAUACUGUAAAGACAUUUCCGGUGUUGUUACUGUACAUUAGCUCUGAUUUUCACCAUGUUUAUAUCUUCCUAGGUAAUUUCAUUUUGCCUUUCUUCUCAGUGUUUGUGUUGUCCAGAGGCGCAUGAAUAUGACUUUUGCUGAACAGGUUGAAUGACACUGAGCUAUGCCUCACUACUAAUGUCUGUAAAAUUACCACCAUUGUAUUGUCUUCAUGUUGCAUUUCUCUGCUCUAAUACAGUACUAAUGCUGAUUUCACUUAUUAUUUAUUAUACGCUC